AUGGCAACGACUCUCUACAGGACCCUGACCGGUCAGUCGCAGAAGUCGCAUCACUCAGAACACUCCACCAACACCGCCCAUAACACCCUGACCAAGACAACCACCACCGAUCCUCUCACCGGCACCCUAAAUCAUCUGACAACUGCACAAGAGGAGAGGCUUGACGAGUUUAAGGUCCGGUUGGAAAAAGGUGGCUGGUGGUCGCCCGAUGGUGUCAACGGGAAGCCCACUCAUGACGAUGGCACGCUACUACGCUAUCUGCGAGCCCGCAAGUUCGACAUCGAUGGCGCAAUUGGCCAGUUCACCGAUACCGAGAAGUGGUUGAAGGAACAACGCGUUGUCGAGCUAUACGAUCACUUCGAUGUCAACUUCUAUGAGCGCGCCCGGUUGAUGUACCCUCAAUGGACUGGCCACCGGGAUAAACGAGGAAUCCCCAUCUACGUUUACCAGAUCAAAGAUCUCGAUGGCAAGAAUGUUGCCAAAUACCAAAAAGAAUCCCAGGCAUACAAAGACAGCCUACCCUACCACAAGACCCUCGCCACCCCCGCAAAGUUGAUCCCUCUAUUCGCCCUCUACCAGAAUCUCCUCUAUUUCGUCAUGCCAUUUGUCUCUACCCUCGAACGACCCAAUCCCGAAGUCCCUGUCACGAAUUCUACGAACAUUGUCGAUAUUUCAGGAGUCGGCUUGACGCAGUUUUGGAAUUUGAAAGGGCACAUGCAGGAUGCCAGCGUCCUUGCCACGGCACAUUACCCAGAAACACUCGAUAGGAUAUUUAUAAUCGGUGCACCAGCCUUCUUCCCCACUGUCUGGGGCUGGAUCAAGCGGUGGUUUGAUCCCGUCACCGUAUCGAAGAUCUUCAUCCUCGGCAAACACGAAGUCAAAUCUACCCUGUCCAAAUUCAUAGAUCCAAAAGACUUCCCCAAGAAGUACGGCGGCGAACUCGAGUGGAACUGGGGUGAUAUUCCUCAUUUGGAUGACGAGACGCGCACAGCCCUGGAAAGAGAUGGAAAUAAGGGUUGGGUCAAAGGCCCCAAUCUGUGGCUCGAUAAUCAAAGACUCUUGGUUGGCUCCGAGAAUGGCAAGCUCAGGAAACCGGACAGUGACGUUGAAGCCAAGUUACCCGUCGUCUAUGCCGCCGACUACACCGAGGUACCGGUCCAUGCGGAUCGCAAACUGUCCAAGGGAAGCUCUAAACAUGGCAAGAUAAAUGGAACUGCACAUCCACACCACCAGGCCAAAGCCGAAGCGGCGAAAGCUGCACCUGCGGCUGUCACUCAGGCAGACAUAAUAGCGGAAAGCACGGCGUCUGAGAGUAAGCAGGAACAACCAUCCUUAGAACCACAAGCACCAGCGCCCCAGCCUGUGAGUGAAGCGAAACCAAAAAAUAUUGAUCCAGAGGGCAAGAACUUGCGCACCGUCAUCGAUGGCUCCACUGUGCAGCUCCCAGACUUCCAACCUGCCCAGCCAGCCGUCACCGCAGAAUAUGUCUCAUCAAAGACCCUGACGCCCGUCGCUUCCAAGGCGGCCGUCGAAUCCGCCCCUGCCCUCUUCCCAUCACAACCCGAGCCGACCACAGCACCAUCACCAGCAGCAACAGAAACAGCCCAGACAACCUCAACAACAGAACCGCAUCCCCAUCCACCAUCUCUCCCACAAUCCGGUCCCGCCCCGAAACACGUCCUAGCCAUGAACGACGCCGUCACAGAAGCACUCUCCCAAGAAUCCGUCUCCGAAAUCCCCGCCACGGCUAACGGCCACGCCAGCCAUCCGGAGGUCCUCCUCGCCAGCGACCCGACCAAGGGCCUGGCCAUCGAGUCUGAGAAACUCGCGCGUCCCCCUAUCGAGCGGUUUGUCACUGCUGCCGAGGUGAAGUCAUGA